GAUCAAGCACCCCAACAUUGUGGCCUUGGAUGACAUCUAUGAGAGCAGCACCCACCUCUACCUCAUCAUGCAGCUGGUCUCAGGAGGGGAGCUCUUCGACCGCAUUGUGGAGAAGGGCUUCUACACCGAGCGGGACGCCAGCGCCCUGAUCCGGCAGAUCCUCGACGCUGUCAAGUACCUGCACGACAUGGGCAUCGUCCACCGUGACCUCAAGCCCGAGAACCUGCUCUAUUACAGCCUGGACGAGGACUCCAAGAUCAUGAUCAGUGACUUUGGGCUGUCAAAGAUCGAGGGCUGUGGCAGCGUCAUGUCCACGGCCUGUGGCACCCCUGGCUACGUGGCCCCCGAGGUGCUGGCACAGAAGCCCUACAGCAAGGCAGUGGAUUGCUGGUCCAUCGGGGUCAUCGCCUACAUCCUGCUCUGUGGUUACCCCCCUUUCUACGAUGAGAAUGAUGCCAAGCUCUUCGAGCAGAUCCUGCGGGCCGAGUACGAGUUCGACUCACCCUACUGGGAUGACAUCUCGGACUCAGCCAAGGAUUUCAUCCAGCACCUGAUGGAGAAGGACCCUGGCAAGCGCUUCACCUGUGAGCAAGCCUUGCAGCAUCCCUGGAUUGCUGGGGACACAGCCUUGGACAAGAACAUCCACCAGUCAGUGAGCGAGCAGAUCAAGAAGAACUUUGCAAAGAGUAAGUGGAAGCAAGCCUUCAAUGCCACGGCGGUGGUGAGACACAUGCGGAAGCUGCAGCUGGGAACCAGCCAGGAGGGCCCUGGGCAGACGACUCCCACCAGCCCCAGCGAGCGGCUUGGGGGGGGCACCAGCAAUGGGUCGGACUGCAGGCGCUCACCUGUGAGCAGAGCCCAGCACCUCUCGCCAGACUGA